UGGAUCCUCCGCCGUGGAGUCAGUAUCCCGUGAUGGUCAGGUACGCGCGAACACCGCUCGCGCCGCGCCGUUGACAAGUGAACUCUCUUUGGUGAACCGACGCCUUCCUACGCUUCACCUUGCGAUUUCGUGUCCAGCGCGCUUCGCGUUCCGUUCCGUUUUCCUCGGUUUCACACAGGGAGAACGCGUAUAACGCCGAGCGUGGAAAAGUGCGUCGGACUGGAGUCACGCAGCUGUCAGAUCGACCGAGGCGACUCCUCUUCUUCGUCUUCGUCCUCGUCUUCUUCUACUUCUUUAUCGGGCUGACCACGCACGCGUAACACAAAGGUUGUGCAUGCUGCCAGGCGAGUACGUGGGCCGUACGUACCGUACUCGUUCCUCUGCCGAGACCCGCAGCUACCAUCGUCUGGCUGGCUACCCGAAGACCCGUUCGAUUCCAGGCUCGCAGCAUUGCUUAAUUCCUGCGAAAAACGCCGCGAGCUCUUCAGCAUCCCGGACCCCUUCGUGAGCGAUGGCCCUGCGCCUGAGGAGCAGCAAGGAUGUCAAGAAGAGCUCGUACUACGUGUGGUACCUGGGAGCGAGGGAGGCCAAGGGGGUGGACGCGAUGCCCGGUGCCAUAGCUUACCUGCUCGAGCGGGAACGGCUUCAGGAGCCUUUCAAGGUCACGCUGCAGGUGAGCAAUAAGGGGUUGAAGAUUAUACAGACGGUGCAUCCGGGCGGAUCCACGAGGUCGGCUGUCAAGCACUUGGUACCAGGACACGCGGUGCUGGCCGCUGUACAACGCGAGGACGUCGUCGCCGCGACUCUUCUGCUGCCCAACCCGGCAACGAACAAUCCGGUUCACGUGCACGCGUACAGAUGCGAUUCGGUGGAGACAGCCGAAUUGUUGGGCGGCCAGCUGAAGGCCCUGGCGUCGCACAGCGAAAAUCUGGCCAGGGUGAACUCGCUGGAAAGUGGCAGGGCUCGUAGCAAUUUAGGCAGCGACGGCAGGAGCACGAGGGAAUCGGAAUCGUCCGAGGGUAGCGGCGAGCUCAGGCACGAUUCCGUGCAGACCACUACGAUAUUCGAGUCCUUGGCUGCGGAACUACGUGCCAAGCUCGGUAGAGGCAACUCGGGGGACAACGACGUGGGUCCGAUUCUUCUGCCUCCGCGGGAUUAUGAUACCGUGCACAGACAUCGGGGCAAUUUGGCCGGGAUCGAGUUCAGACGGUGCCUGAAUCAGACGAUCGUAGGCGGUAGUCAGACUACGGUCGACAGAGGCGGCACGAGAAGUGCAGCGAGCAGUGGAAUCGGCUCCGAUAGCGCCGCUACGCCCCCGCCCUAUCAGAGUCAUCAUCCCCUGGGUCCAAGGCCCUCGAGACCGUCUAGAGACUCUUCCUCCGACGACGACUGGGGAGCGCCAGCAGAGGAGAACGACUACCUGCCAGAGGCAGAGACAGGUACGAGCCUGACUCUACCUAGAUUACCGAGGAGUCCUGAAAGAUUGCCUAGCCAGGUGAACAGAGGCGUUUCACCGAGCUGCAACCGAAAUCGCAGGGCGGCAGAGUUCAGGCAACGGUCGCCCAGCCCGCAUUAUCAGCCGAGGGUGAAUCCUGGCGAAGUGACGAGUCCCAGGGAGAGAUUUCAGGAUGCCAAGGAGAUGUUCAGAGCCAUGGAGAGAGAGGCCAUCGCCAGGCCUGUCCUUUCCAGGCAGAGAGAAGUUGAAAGUCAUCCCGUUCACAGGGUGGACUCGAGGCAGAUUCACGAGGACCGUCAGCAUUCGGUGAACAGUUCAACGACUCACGAGCACCUGAUCAGACGGAACCAUUCGGAAGUUGAACGAGAGAACGAUAUUUCUUACAAGGCCCGGCCACGACCGCGGACCCAUCAUUACGCGAUGGAACGGCCGUCGUCGGAGCAGCAAGAGGUCUCGAGGCCACGGCCACGAAGCUUCUACGAAAACCCGACAACUGGCAGAGAAUACAGAGAUCAAAGGAAUCUCGUCGAUCCCAGAGAUAUCAGAGAUUUCCGUGACCGCGCGCACGUGCGGGAAAUACGCGAGAAGGUGCGCGCAAGGGCAACUACUUAUCAAGAAUUGUCCGAGCACGAGAGAUACCCGGGAUUGGACCGUGAGAGCGCGAGGCCACCCUUGGAGAUAGUGCCCACGCCGAGCCGAUAUCGACACAGCUACGCAGAGCCACCGCGACUCGGCCUAGCAGCUCUGCAUCCCUACUGAACCCUCGUUGUUAACUAAUAAAUUAUUUAAUUACCGUACUAUUCGCGUCGCUGACUGAAUUAUAACAGCGGGACAAAUGAGGACUCGACGCAUGUUUGUUAAAAUUGAUAAAAAUUUUAUUUAUAGACGUCCCAGUUUAUCUGGUCGAUGUAUUUUUACACGAUCUGUGAUAAUGUUCACUGCCAUAUUAAUUAAAUAAAUUAAGAUACAAAAAUUA